UCGGGCAAAGUGUUGAAUCCUGUGUGUACCUCCUCACUUAUCCUCUUCCUGCAACUCUCUUCUCAUUGGUUCUCUUUAUUCUCCCACAUCCGAUAAACCCCCUCUUCCAUUUUCUUCUAUCAUUGCACCCCAAUUCUUCGAUCCCACUGCGUCUUCACCUUAGAAUUUCCACUCUCUGCAUUCUGUUCAUUCAAUCAAUCUCAAUUUCAAGAGGUUUAAGAAUCACUGAUAGUGCAUUUAGGAGUGCAAUUAAUGGCUUGCACAAUCCCUAACGCGCCCUCUGCGGUGAAUUGCCAGAGCUACGUCGGUCUCAGAGCACUACCGAGGAAUCUGAACUUUUGUUGUCCACGCGCUGCGACCAAGUCUCAGCGUCCACACCUUUUCGUCGUGAGAGCCAGCGAUUCAGAAUGUGAAGCUGCGGUUGUCGCUGGAAACGUGCCUCCGGCGCCUCCUGUGCCGCCCAAACCGGCAGCUCCGGUUGGAACGCCGGUGGUGCCUUCACUUCCACUUCACCGGCGUCCUCGUCGGAACCGGAAGUCUUCUGCAGUUCGAUCGGCUUUUCGGGAAACGAGCAUUUCUCCGGCGAAUUUUGUUUACCCGCUUUUCAUACACGAAGGUGAAGAGGAUACUCCGAUCGGAGCUAUGCCUGGAUGCUACAGGCUUGGGUGGAGAAAUGGACUUGUAGAAGAGGUUGCAAAGGCCCGAGAUGUUGGUGUCAAUAGUGUUGUACUCUUCCCCAAAAUUCCAGAUGCUUUGAAGUCUCCCACAGGAGAUGAAGCAUACAAUGAAAAUGGUUUAGUGCCUCGGGCAAUACGUUUGCUCAAGGAUAAGUACCCAGACCUUGUUAUCUACACAGAUGUUGCAUUAGAUCCUUAUUCGUCAGAUGGGCAUGAUGGCAUAGUUAGAGAAGAUGGAGUCAUUAUGAAUGAUGAGACAGUUCAUCAGCUAAGUAAGCAGGCUGUGGCGCAGGCCCAAGCUGGAGCAGAUGUUGUCAGUCCUAGUGAUAUGAUGGAUGGUAGGGUAGGAGCAAUGCGAGCAGCUCUCGAUGCUGAAGGCUUUCAGCAUGUUUCUAUAAUGUCCUAUACUGCAAAGUAUGCAAGUUCUUUUUAUGGUCCAUUUAGAGAAGCACUAGACUCAAACCCUCGGUUUGGAGACAAGAAGACUUAUCAGAUGAACCCAGCAAAUUACAGAGAGGCUCUGACUGAGAUGCGUGAAGAUGAAUCUGAAGGAGCUGAUAUUCUCUUGGUGAAGCCUGGUCUUCCUUAUUUGGAUAUCAUAAGGUUGCUCAGGGAUAAUUCUCCUUUGCCAAUUGCAGCAUACCAGGUUUCUGGUGAAUAUGCAAUGAUAAAAGCUGGUGGUGCUCUCAAAAUGAUUGACGAAGAAAAGGUUAUGAUGGAGUCACUUUUAUGCCUCAGACGGGCUGGUGCUGAUAUCAUCGUUACAUAUUUUGCUCUGCAAGCUGCCAGAUGUUUGUGUGGAGAGAAAAGGUGAGAUUGUUGAAAUAUAUACGGCAUUGUUCGCUGUAGAAGGGCAAAGAGCUCGAAGUACUAGCGUGUUACGCUUGAUUUUCUUUUAAACGCUUUACAUGUCAAUUGUCGAUUGUUUUAAGGACUUAAAGGGGUUUGUCUGUAGAUAUAAUUUACAAUUAAACAUUAUGUUAUCACUUGAUUUAUAUAGCCAAUACCACCUGGUGGGAAAAAGCGUAGUUGUUUUGUUGCUAUUGUAGCCUUACCUAUCGCAUUGCAUAAAUGAAAGUGUGCCCGCACCAGCAGAUUAUUUCGUACUGUAAUGUAUUUGGUGCUGAAAUAAAGUUUAUCUUGGCAAGUCAAUGCUUAUGUUC